UCCUUCCUGCUGCCUUACCAAUUGUAUUUUUGUCUCCUUACCGGCCAGGACUUUUAUGGAUGCAAGUCAAAAACUCUUAGGCUCCCAGAAAACAUCUGUGGAUCCCUGGACCUUGGAUUUUCUUUCAGUUUGAACCAAGAAAUCAAAUAUUGACCCCCAAUUUCUGGGAGUUAUCACUGGAGCAGUGUGGACCUUUUUUCCCCCCCUGUUCAGCUGCCCGUGGGAAAAUAAUUUUUAACCUUUAAUAUGGAAUGAUGGCCUACGUUUUGGCGGGCACUUCUGGAAUGGGAGCUCACUGUGGACAAGUCUUGGUAACGUUCUUGUGGUGACAGAUGAGACAUGAGAUCUUCAGCCUCCCGGCUCUCCAGCUUUUCCUCUAGGGAUUCAUUAUGGAACCGGAUCAUGCCGGACCAGAUCACUGUGUCGGAGUUUAUUGCUGAGACCACAGAGGAUUACAAUUCCCCAACCACAUCCAGCUUUACUACCCGGCUACAAAACUGCAGGAAUACUGUCACGCUGCUGGAAGAGGCGUUAGAUCAGGACCGAACUGCACUACAAAAAGUUAAAAAAUCUGUAAAAUCUAUAUAUAAUUCUGGGCAAGAACAUGUCCAAAAUGAAGAGAACUAUGCACAAGUACUAGAUAAAUUUGGGAGUAAUUUUUUGAGUAGAGAUAAUCCAGAUCUUGGCACUGCUUUUGUAAAGUUUUCUACAUUGACUAAGGAAUUAUCAACACUCCUGAAAAAUCUGCUCCAAGGCUUGAGCCACAAUGUCAUCUUCACAUUGGAUUCCCUCUUAAAAGGAGAUUUGAAAGGUGUCAAAGGGGAUCUUAAAAAGCCUUUUGACAAAGCCUGGAAGGAUUAUGAGACCAAAUUCACAAAAAUCGAAAAGGAAAAAAGAGAACAUGCAAAACAGCAUGGGAUGAUACGAACUGAGAUAACUGGAGCUGAGAUAGCAGAAGAAAUGGAGAAAGAAAGAAGGCUAUUUCAGCUCCAGAUGUGUGAAUAUCUCAUUAAGGUUAAUGAAAUCAAGACAAAAAAAGGUGUGGACCUUCUACAGAAUCUUAUUAAGUAUUAUCACGCACAAUGCAAUUUCUUCCAAGAUGGCUUGAAGACGGCUGAUAAACUAAAACAAUAUAUUGAAAAACUGGCUGCUGAUUUAUAUAAUAUAAAGCAGACACAAGAUGAAGAGAAGAAACAACUAACUGCACUCAGAGACUUGAUAAAAUCUUCAUUACAGCUCGACCAGAAGGAGUCUAGGAGAGAUUCACAGAGCAGGCAAGGAGGAUAUAGUAUGCACCAGCUUCAGGGAAAUAAGGAAUAUGGCAGUGAGAAGAAGGGUUAUCUUUUAAAGAAGAGUGAUGGCCUACGGAAAGUUUGGCAAAGAAGAAAAUGCACUGUCAAAAAUGGUAUUCUGACCAUAUCACAUGCAACCUCAAACAGGCAACCUGCUAAAUUGAAUUUGCUAACCUGCCAGGUGAAACCAAAUGCAGAGGACAAGAAAUCAUUUGACCUGAUAUCACAUAACAGAACAUACCAUUUUCAAGCAGAGGACGAGCAAGAUUAUGUUGCAUGGAUAUCAGUAUUGACCAACAGCAAAGAAGAAGCUUUAAAUAUGGCAUUCCGUGGAGAACAGAGCGCAGGGGAAAAUAGUUUAGAGGAUCUUACAAAAGCCAUUAUUGAUGACAUACAGAGAUUUCCUGGAAAUGAUGUCUGCUGUGAUUGUGGAUCGCCAGAUCCAACAUGGCUUUCAACGAACCUGGGUAUUUUAACCUGUAUAGAGUGCUCUGGAAUACAUAGAGAAAUGGGUGUUCAUAUUUCUCGAAUCCAAUCUAUAGAGCUAGACAAAUUAGGGACAUCCGAACUCUUGCUGGCCAAGAACAUUGGAAACAAUAGUUUUAAUGAAAUUAUGGAGGGGAAUUUACCAAGUCCUUCUCCAAAACCUACUCCAUCAAGUGAUAUGACUGCGCGUAAAGAAUUUAUUACUGCUAAGUAUGUGGAUCAUAAGUUCUCCAGAAAGACCUGUGCAUCUGCAGCAGCUAAACUGAAUAAACUACUUGAGGCUGUUAAAUCCAGGGAUUUACUUGCACUAAUCCAAGUCUAUGCAGAAGGGGUCGAACUAAUGGAGCCACUGCUGGAGACUGGACAGGAGCCGGGUGAAACAGCCCUUCAUUUAGCAGUCCGGACUGCUGACCAGACCUCACUCCACCUGGUUGACUUCCUGGUACAAAACUGUGGAAACCUGGAUAAACAGACAGCAUUGGGAAAUACGGUUCUGCACUAUUGCAGUAUAUAUAAUAAGCCUGAAUGUUUGAAAUUGCUUUUGAAGGGGAAGCCAACUAUAGAUAUAGUAAACCAAACUGGAGAGACUGCUCUGGACACAGCAAAGAGAUUGAAAUCUAUCCAGUGUGAAGACUUGCUAUCUCAGGCCAAAGCAGGAAAGCUAAAUCCACAUGUACACGUAGAGUAUGAGUGGAAUCUUCGGCAGGAAGAAAUGGAUGAAAGCGAUGAUGACUUGGAUGACAAGCCUAGUCCGAUAAAGAAGGAGCGUUCCCCAAGACCCCAGAGCUUUUGUCACUCUUCCAGUACUUCUCCCCAAGACAAAAUGGCUCUUCCUGGUCUUAGCACUCCAAGGGACAAACAGCGACUCUCCUAUGGAGCCUUCCCCAAUCAGAUUUUUGUCUCCGCGAGCAUGGACUCCACAACUUCUCCAACAGCAGUAGAUGGCCCUCCACUCCCUCCUAGAAAUGCUGGUAAAGGUCCGCCUGGCCCUCCUUCAACCCUUCCUUUAAGCACUCAAACCACUAGUGGCAGCUCCACUCUGUCUAAGAAGAGGCCCCCUCCCCCACCCCCUGGACACAAAAGAACCCUCUCUGACCCACCAAGUCCACUACCUCAUGGACCCCAGAAUAAGGGCCAAGUUCCUUGGGGUAAUGAUUUGGGUCCUCCAGCCACAAAGACUGCAAACAAGUUUGAGGGGAUGUCUCAACAAUCAGGCACUGGGACUGCUAAGACUGCACUGGGUCCAAGAGUUCUUCCAAAACUACCUCAAAAAGUGGCACUAAGAAAAAUAGAGACGAUUCACCUUCCUUCAAUAGACAAGCCCAGUCAACAAUCGGAAACCUUUCAGAAGUCCAUUUCACUUUGUAUUGAUCUGCCACAGAAACCACAACCUGGAGAUUUGCCCCCAAAGCCUCAACCUAUGGAACUACCCCAGAAACCUCAGAUUGGAGAUUUGCCCCCCAAGCCAGGAGAAUUACCCCCGAAACCCCAGUUAGGAGAUCUGCCACCAAAACCACAGCUCUCGGACUUGCCUCCGAAGCCGCAAAUGAAAGACCUUCCUCCCAAGCCUCAGCUAGGAGAUGCUUUGGCUAAAACUCCUGUUGGAGAAAUGUCACCGAAGCCUCAGCCCUCGGAGGCACAUCAAAAGUCUCAUUCUGUGGAUCUCUCUCCAAGGGUACAAUCUAAAGAGACCGUCCAAAAGCAAGCAUCUGAAGACUCCAAUGAUGUAACCCAUGCACUGCCAGAGACCCCAGUGCCACUUCCUAGAAAAAUUAACAUGGGAAAGAACAAAGUUAGGCGAGUGAAGACAAUCUAUGAUUGCCAGGCAGAUAAUGAUGAUGAGCUUACAUUUGUUGAAGGAGAAGUUAUCAUUGUGACAGGUGAAGAGGACCAAGAGUGGUGGAUUGGCCACAUUGAAGGAAAGCCAGAGAGAAAAGGGGUCUUCCCAGUAUCCUUCGUCCAUAUUUUGUCAGACUAAGUCGAAUCGGAAACUUGAGCAUUGCACAUCCUUCCUGCAAGACGGGCUUUUAGCACGAAGCAAACAGCUGCUCCCUCCCUGUAAUUCUGUGCACAACUGUGGAUAUAUAUGUAUAUAUAACUGCUGUUACGGAACAAGAACUCAUUUACGGCUCACCCAGCGAGGUGACUUAUACUUGUAUUGUAAAUAACGGUGUUACUCUGCCUUUGCCAGUAUUACGGUAGCCUUGGGACCUGGCAUGCCUUAUUGGGUUUGCUCAAGCCAUCCUUGGCAUCAAGCACUUACAUCUCUUUGUCUGUGUGUAUGAACUACCAGCUCCCUAAAUGUGGUUGGUCUCAUCCGGUCCUGUUUAACUACAGAAAUUACCAUCUCUAAUAAAUCAGUAUUCCUAAAAUAGAUAACUAGCAGAGAGUUAGAUUCAGUUUUCGAAAUGAACUGCUUUGGCUCAUUUACAGCCGUUUACAGCUACCAAUGUACACACUUUACAGCUUGCGAAAUCUACUUCCUUGGUAUUGUCAAAGAAAAUGUUCAAUGUACACA